GCCCCGGCCCGGGGGCGGGCGGGGAAGGGGAAGGGGAAGGGGAAGGCGGCGGAUGCUCCGCGCCGGCCCCGACCGCGACCGGCGGCUCCCACCGGCACCGGUCUCCGGGCUCGCCGGCGCCAUGUCCCGCUGAGCCUCCGCCGGGGCGCGGGGCCGGGACGAGCCAUGGGGAGCAUCUACAAGGAGUACUUCAACCGGCACAAGAUCUGGGAGCACUACAACUACACCAAGGAGGACGCCGAGGGCCCGUCGUCGCCGUCGCGCCGGGCGCUGUCGGGGCUCAUCGUGGCCCUGUGCUGCUUCAUCGUGCUGGAGAACCUGCUGGUGCUCGUCUCCAUCUGCCGCAACAAGCGCCUGCACCUGGCCAUGUACAUCUUCAUCGGCAACCUGGCCUUCUCCGACCUGCUGGCCGGGCUGGCCUUCAUGGCCAACAUCCUGCUCUCGGGGGCCACCACCUUCAGCCUGACGCCGGUGCAGUGGUUCGUGCGCGAGGGCACGGCCUUCGCCACGCUGGCGGCCUCGGUGUUCAGCCUGCUGGCCAUCGCCAUCGAGCGCCACGUGGCCAUCACCAAGGUGAAGGUGUACAGCAGCGACAAGAACUGCCGCAUGGUGCUGCUCAUCGGGGCCUGCUGGGUCAUCGCCGCCGCCAUCGGGAGCCUGCCCAUCAUGGGCUGGAACUGCAUCAGCGACCUGCGCGACUGCUCCACCGUCCUGCCGCUCUACUCCAAGCGCUACGUGCUCUUCGUCACCACCAUCUUCACCCUCAUCCUGCUGGCCAUCGUGGGGCUCUACACGCGCAUCUACUGCAUCGUGCGCUCCAGCCACGCCGAGAUCGCCUCGGCGCAGACCCUGGCGCUGCUCAAGACCGUCACCAUCGUGCUGGGCGCCUUCAUCGUGUGCUGGCUGCCCGCCUUCAUCAUCCUCCUCAUGGACGCCUCGUGCCCCGUGCGCUCCUGCCGCGUCCUCUACAAGGCCAACUACUUCUUCGCCUUCGCCGCGCUCAACUCGGCCGCCAACCCCGUCAUCUACACCCUGCGCAGCAAGGACAUGCGCGCCGAGCUCCUGCGCCUGCUCUGCUGCCGCGGGGCCCGCCGGGCGCAGCCCCCCGGCCGCGGGGCGGGGACGGGCGUGGGGGUCCCGCUGCGCUCCUCCAGCUCCCUGGACAGGGGCCCCCCGGCCAAGGGCGAGCUGCCCACCUCGCCCCUCACCCGCGAGUGCACCACCUCCGUCUGAGGGGGGGUCGCGGGGGGGGGGGGGGGGGACGCGCCCGGGGGCG